ACAUAGAAACAUAUGAAAAAUGUUUCUUUUCCUGAAAUCCAUGUCAAGAUCAUUCCAUGAAGUACAUCAAGAACAGCCAGAGUUAUCCAAAACACAAGGAGAUCUGCGCACAUCAUUUACAGUGUGGAGAAAAUCACUUAUAGUUAGUUGUAAUGGAUUUACUGUGAUUGAUUCUGAUGGAAAUGUAGUUUAUCGAGUUGACAACUACAUAGGACGCCCCAAGGAACUCAUUCUUAUGGACGGCUCAGGAAAAUCCAUCCUGACAAUGCGACGUAGCAAGAACCUUAGACUUGUAGAUUCCUGGUUUGUCUAUGGAGGGGAAGUAGGUGAUUAUUGCACAUCAGCAAAAUCAUUCGAAAAGCCAAUUUUCUAUGUAAAGAAGUGCAUUAACAUGUUACAUGCCAACCCUAACGUGCUAGCAUAUGUAUAUCGACAGUUAUCGGACAAAAGGUAUGCUUAUAUGAUUGAAGGAUCAUAUUCAAACAGAUCAUGUAUAGUGCUAGAUGAGACAAAAAGGGUGGUGGCAGAGAUCAGGAGAAAAGAUGCAAUAGUUGGUGGCAUUUCUUUCGGCCCAGAGGUUUUUCUGUUGAUUAUAGAGGCAGGAUUUGAUCCUGGAUUUGCAAUGGCUCUGGUUCUUUUGCUGGAUCAAAUGUUUUCAUAG